UGUGUGUGUGUUGGAGAGAGGGGGAGGGGGAGGUCUGACGGGGUUAGCCUACAUCUCCUUUUCUCUGUCUCUCCACUCAGACGUGUGUGUGUAAGUUGAAGCGCUGAGAGAGGAGCGAGUGCUCAGGGUUUAGCAGCAGCAGCUCCAGUGCUGUAGUAAUAAUGGGCUGCGUCGGGGCGACAGUGGCAGCGUAGCGAGCGGUUCUGCUGCUUUUAGGCGUCUUUGUUACAGCGAGACGCUACAACGCGGUUCUCUCUCUCUCUUUCUUUCUCUCUUUAUCUGUGCGCUUUGAGACGACACUCACUCUUUCUCGCUCUCUUUCUCUCGUCGUUUAAUCAACUUCAACAAAGAUUAUACGUCAAUGUGGAAGCGCUCAGGACUGACUUUGUGUUUCUCCAAACUCCGCCUGAAUGACUUGAACCUGCCGUGACUUUGGUGCUGAAUGGCUUUGUUUUAUUUGUGACGUUGUGGCUUCGGAGGCUGCAUUACAUCAGUGGUGCUCGGGCUGAUCUCAAGUGCGACACUGGAGUGGAGCUCUAAAGAUCUUGCAGGAUCUGAACUGCUGCACCGUCAGAAAAAGGACGCAGUGUUGAGUGGGGGAGCGUACCGUCUGCUUCAGGGGUCUCACUGCCUCACUGCGGACGAGCAUUCAUGGAAUUGGACUGUGACAGCGCGCCUCUACCUGUCUGAGUGAGAAGCCCUCGUGACUCUCUCUCACACACACACACACGUACACUCACUCACACACACAUUAUCGUCUCUUUCUCUGUCCGUCGGAGCUCCACGAUGGCGGACUCGGCGUCCCCGGAGCCCCUGUCACCGCUGGAGGUGGCCAUCGAUCCGGACUUCGAGCCUCAGAAGCGCCCGCGGUCGUGCACGUGGCCGCUGCCCGAGUCCGGCUCGAUCAAGCCAGGGGCUGCCGAUACGGACAUCAUCCCGGAGGAGGAGGACGAUGAGGAGGACGGGGGCGGGAUGAACGCUGUGAACGCGAGCAGCGGCAGCGACGGCGCGGGCAGCCCCGGUGCGCCGCCGGAGUCGAGCGCCAACGGAGGCGCGGGGACCGCGGGCGCGCAGCUCGCAGAGGGACAGCAGGGGCAGCUGCAGCAAGCGGGGCAACAGGGCCAGCAGACGACCCCGCGCAAGACGUCCUCGCGCCGGAACGCGUGGGGCAACCUGUCGUACGCGGACCUCAUCACCAAAGCCAUCGAGAGCACGCCAGACAAGCGGCUGACCCUGUCUCAGAUAUACGACUGGAUGGUCAGGAGCGUGCCCUACUUCAAAGACAAAGGGGACAGCAACAGCUCUGCCGGAUGGAAGAAUUCCAUCCGGCACAAUUUGUCCCUGCACAGCCGUUUUGUCCGUGUUCAGAAUGAAGGAACUGGAAAGAGCUCCUGGUGGAUGAUAAAUCCUGAAGGAGGAAGAGGAGGCAAGGCACCACGUCGUCGUGCUGUCUCCAUGGACAAUGGAAACAAGUACACCAAGAGCGCUCGAGGACGCGCCGCUAAGAAGAAGGCAGCAUUACAGGCUGCGCAGGAGGGCUCACUAGAGAACGUGUCUACUGCAGGACUGUCCAAGUGGCCAGGAAGCCCAACGUCACGGAGCAGCGAUGAACUGGAUUCCUGUUGGACUGACUUUCGUUCACGGACAAACUCCAACGCUAGCACAAUAAGUGGCCGCCUGUCACCCAUCCUGGCCAACCCAGAGUUAGAUGAGGUUCCAGAUGACGAGGUUCCACCCCUCUCACCAAUGCUCUACUCAAGUCCUAGCAGCCUCUCUCCCCCCUCUUCAUCCUCCUCAAACUCCAAACCAUGCCCAGCUGAGCUUCCACGACUAGGAACUAUGAAUCUCAACGAUGGUCUGACUGAAAACCUCAUGGAGGAUUUACUGGACAACAUAACCCUUGUCCAGACAACACAGCCAAGUCAGGGAGGCUCUGCCUUCAAUUUUGGAAGCACCACUUCCACUUCGAGCUCCUCCUCCUCCUCACCCAGUGGUGGCAGUAAUGGGGGAGGAUUUGGUAAUUCCAUUUUUGGUCCCUCCACUGCGGGACUACGUCAAACACCCAUGCAGACCAUCCAGGAGAACAAACAGACAUCAUUCUCAAGCAUUUCUCACUUUGGGAACACCACACUUCAGGAGCUGCUGAACUUAGAAUCUUUAGGCACCCAUAACCACAGUGAUGUCAUGAUGACACAGUCUGACCCACUCAUAUCACAGACCAGUGCAGCUGUCACCUCUCAGAACUCCCGCCUCCGCAACGGCCUAAUGCUGCCAAAUGAUCCCAUGAUGUCAUCAUUUAGCACUGGGCUCAAAGGUCAGAACAGCCUUCUCCAAAACAACCGACAUCAUAGCUCCAAUACUCAGAGCUCACUGAACUUGCUACCCAAAAACGGCCUCCCAAGCCUGGCCAAUGACGCUAACAACAUAGCUUCUGCCAAGCAACAUCUUCAGCAGCAGUCCCUUCUGUUGAAUGAGACUACUCUUUACUCUGGGCUGAAUGGAGGCAGUGGAAUGGGGAUUGGUCUCCCCACAGGAACAGAUCGUUUUCCAUCAGAUUUGGACUUAGACAUGUUUAACGGGAGUCUCGACUGUGAUGUGGAUUCCAUAAUCCGCUCAGACCUGAUGGACUCUGAUGGACUGGACUUUAACUUUGAUGCUUUGGUGCAAAAUGCAGUGAACCUCAACCCUGUGGGUAACUUCAAUGGGACAAAGCAGUCCAGUCAAAGCUGGGUGCCUGGCUGAGAACUGUUGCAAAGGCCCAGAACUGCAGUGCAAAAAAAGAAAUACAUGAACAAAAUUCCAUCCAACACAGACUCGCGCCCUCCAUUGCCAAGCCUGCCGUUAGCACCAAGCACUGGAUCAUAGACCUGUUUACAGACUACUCUGAAGAAUCUUACCUUCAGUCCAGCAAACACACCAUCACAAAAGAAUGACUGCAAAGACGCACACAGGAGUACCAGCCAGCUUCCAGAUCCUCUGUAUAACAUGAAGUUGUUUUACUACGUUAUGCAAGUCUAAAGAAUACAAUUUGAAUCAAAACUAUGUCUAGACACAAUAUGAAGUGUUUUGGGUGGAUUAAAAGUAAUGAGUUGUUAAACAGUAGUUUCAUGGGCUGUAUUCAAGACUUUUUAUCACUUGUCAAAUGCUUGACUACUGUCAUCCUCAAAGUUCUCAGAGAAUAAUGAAUAAUCCAAAUGGGAAAACUAUAAAAGGACGGACUCACAUUUUACACAGUUUUCAUACCCCUUAACCUUGUAAAUUUCAAAAACUAACACUCAGGUGGUGUAACAUCUUGGUGCACUUCAAGUUCUGCUUGCAUUUUGACUUUUGUUAGCAGCAUAAUCAGUCUCCAGUUUGAAGUAGUAGCCUAAUACCAUUACUGAAGUAAUACCUUAUUGUAGCGCAAUAUAAUAGGAGAAAGUACUUUUGUUUGUGUGUACUGUAUGUAAUUAUAAAAAAAGAAGAAGAAAGAAAAAGUCAUUUGCUCUGGUUCUCGUCCAUGCUUCUAAGUGAGAGAUUAACUGGUGGAAGGAUGCUUUUUAGCCAGUAAAGCAUUUGUGAGAUCCUUGGCAUAUAAAUGUAGCCAAAUUAAUGAGUAAAUAAACAUGUGCUUGCAUUGUGAACAUUUCCAUGCCAUACCGGGUGCUAAAUAAUCAGUGUUGAGCCUUGUCCUUGAUUAAGGCCAUGUGUGUUUACAAGGCUUGAAGUACACAACAUUAACAAUUAGCAUUAUCUGUUAGCAUAUGGCAGCAUUCAGUGGUGGGUAGGCCUUCCUUCUGGAAGCCAUCUUUUACUGAGCAAAAAAAACAAACAAACAAAAAAACAAUAAGCUAUCUUUUGUAUAUUUGCCAAAUUACUUGAACAUGUAGGAGAUGCUGGUAGCCAAAAUCAAGAAAAAAACACAAAGUUGAAUUUAGAGCCUUUCUGUCUCUAUAUGCAAACUACAUCACCAUGGCUCAGGGGUGAAAGGGGUCAUCUUGACAACAUCAGGGCCCCCUCUAGACCUAAUUGCAACCUGGUUGUACAAUUUGUUUGUAAGAUAAUAAAAUGUUACGAUAUUUACAUAAAACAACAAGGCAAGAAUAUGAAACAACAAAGAACGUUUUUGUUGCAUUUAUUUCUUUCCAGAGAGGGUUGGGGAUAAUGAUUGUGGGUUCCCUCUCUGUCUGAAUUUUGCUUUGUUUUGUUUCAGGACACAUUCACCUAUUACCAUAAUAGUGUAAAACCAUCAAAACCCAAAUCUCUCAAUGUUCUAUGUCUUUUCCCCCAUCCCAGUUACCCUCCACAGUGUACAUCCAUGUAUGCAUGUAUGUAACUGUGCAUAUGCAUUGUGUAAAAUGCAUAUAUAUAUGUGUACAUCCUGCUUAAAUUCAUGUAAUGUUGUGAUUAUGCAGUCCCAGUUGUUUCUGGAAAGUCGGUGUACUGAUGACAAUAGUGUGGGCAUACUUGCUAAAGGGGUUUGUACCACUCGUGGGAGGUCUCUUUCAAUCCCAGAUUGUAAAAUACUUAAAAACUCCCUUCAUUUGUUGCUUUGAAGCCAGAGUAGCCUCUAAGCACACGAGCUAGAGGCCAAAUGCUGUGCAAGUGUGGCAGGAAUGGACAAUGUGUGCAUGGCUGGCUACACAAUCUUACAGUGCCAUCAGGGGUUUGUAGCAUGAUCCCGCACCCUAACCCUGCUGCUCUGUUCACUCUCAUUUUUACACAUACAUGCACCGUAAUGACCUCAUGGAGUACAGUCAAAUCGACAAAAAGAGCUGACAUCCCAUAGUGCAAGGAGAAACUGACGAAUUGUUUGGAAAAUCCAUCAAAGAGGACAGCAGCACUUAGGAGCACCUAGAAUACCCCCAACAUAAUCCUGUUUUUUCCCCAUUUAUUCUUCAAACUCGCCCUGCAUGCAUUUCUACUUCUUCUUUUUCUUGGAUAAACAAUAAAAAAUAAUAAUUUACAGACCACCUCCACAUUAUCAAAAGGAAUGAGGCAGGAGUGCCUGUCUCACUAUUUCAACCCAGCUUUAUUAUCCUCAUAAAUCAAAGGUGUUAUAUACCGAUGCUGAGUAUCAGCAAUAUAAGUACCACUAUUCUAAUUUUUUAUUCCUCUCUAAAUCCCUCCAUACCUGUGUCCCACCCAUUAUCUUUGCCUCCUGACCCUGUAGUAAUGGCUUCUCUUCUUGAUGUUAGUGGGUAUUUUUUUCCUGUGUACUCCAUUUUGAAUUGUAAUCUAGUUUGUAAAAGAAAUGGUGCGCAUGUAAAUAAAGCUUGGUUGAGCUGUA